AUGGAUGUGAUUGUAAAGAAUCCAUUGGAGUUUGAUACGAUCACUUUGUCAAAUGUUCAAACUGGUGAACUGGUCACAUCAUUAUUGAUCGGUGAUAAAAAGUUGAACCAAGAUGGUUUGGUAUUCCACGUCACUGCACAUGGCAACUACUACCUCAACACAACCAAGGGCCCCACCUGCAACUCCACCGCCAAGCUCGCCAUCAGUUGGAUCAACCCGGUAUUCACUCAACCCAAGUGCGCGUUCGUCGGCACCUCGCUGGCCGUCACCCGUCCAGACUUGUACGUCGAUGGUGCCUACCUCGACUCGGCCCCCAGCCGCAUAUACCCACCCGUCGCCAUAUACCCUCGCGCCGGUGCUCACAAGCUCAUGACCAACCCCGGCCAAUGCACGAUCUACUUCAACGUGCAGCCACAAAACAACCUGGUGCCUCAGAUCACCAUCAAGCACGCCCUGUGUGCCAUCGCCAAUGGCACAGUGACCGUUUUGAACGCCAACAUGUUCACGGGACUCUCGUUCCAGUUUGCCAAUGGCACAACUGUUGUGAACAAUGCCGGUGUGUUCAAUAAUGUGCCUCAGACCGAGACUGACCUACCUCAUACAUUGAUCGCGGCGUCGACCACUUGUGGCACACAGCGCGUACCAGUCACAAUCCUACGCACCCAGCCAUCAAUGUCGAUGGAGGUCGUACAACCCAACUGUAACGCAUCGUUUGCCACCGGUACAAUGACGAUCAAUGGCGUCGCGCAACAGUUCCUCACGAACCCAACGUUCACGGUCAAGGGAUACAACUUCAACACCGUCUACAAGGGCUCGAUGUCAUUCGCCGUGCCAGCCGGAGAUGAUGUUACAGUGUCCUACAACGACAAUGGAUGUACCCUGUCUCAGAAGUUCUCCACGCCAUACAAUGCGAUUAGGGCCACCUACACGCUCUCCCCGGCCAAGGUAUCAUGUAGCUCACCCAAUGCCACCAUUACAUUCGCCUACACUGGCAACACGUCAUUGUUGGCAUUCUCUACUGUCGACUCUGGUUUCUACUUCAAGUCCUCCGUGCCAUUAGACAUCCCAACACUCUCGGCCAACGUGUCCUAUGGCAACUACUACGCGCUGACCAGUGGCUGCGCCAACCAAUACUCCAACAUCCGUAUCGACUUGUCCAGAGUCGCGCCAGACUACACCUCCACUCGCAACGUGUUUGAGUGCAUGUCCAACUGGAGUGUGGUCGUCAACAACUAUGAUGCAUUCUCCUCAGUCCAGCUCAUUCGUUGGUCGCCCACCGGCGAAACUGUGCUCACUUCCAACACUGGAAUCUUCCAGGACAUGUUGCCAGGAUCGUACAUCCUGUCUACACUUGAGAAGUCUUGCACAUCACUGCCACCACUCAACACAUCAGUCUAUCUCGACAACCCUACAUCAGUGAUUGUCAACCAGUACUUGGGUGUAAUAGUCACCAACCACGUACCACCACCAGACUGCAAGGUUGGAUCACAAGGUAGUGGUACAUUCCAAUCUGUCUACCAUGGCUUGCCCUCUACCACCACCUACAACAUGACCUACUACAAAUCAACCUCCUAUCUCUACGUCAAGUACAUCUCCUCGACAUGUACAAACGGUUACAUGUGGAUACCACCAAAGCUUACAUAUGAUGGAGUCAAUGCAACUGUGACAAAGAAUGCUUCAUGUCCCAAUGCUAUGGAUGCCAACAUUAGAGUAUACUGUCCACAGAACUGUACUGUUACAGUGGACAGCAAGACAUCCAAUUACUUUGUAGGAUACCUUGACAUCAAUGGAGUCUAUGCUGGCUUCAAGUCAAUCACAUUCUCCAACGCCGUCACCCAAUGCACCAACUCAAUCACUCUCACUGUGCCAAACAACAAUCCAAAUUGGAAGGUUGGAUACACAGUGACGAACCAAGAUUAUGGUUCAUGUAAUGUUGGAACUGGUAGUAUUAGUAUUGCCAAUCCAGGCGAGUUUAACUCAAUCACACUUACUGGUUAUACUGUGAUGAAUGGUGUGAUUUCAGGAUUGGGAACUGGAAGUUACCAAGUGUCAUACAGUCACUCAGUAUGUGGCAAUGGAUACAUUCCAUUCACAGUGUUGACAAAGAAUGUCACUGUUGACAUCACACCAAUCAGUCUUCCAACAUGCUUCAUGACACCAAAUGCCGAUGGCAUUGUUGGUAUCAAGUUGACCAACCCGACAACCAGCGCCAAUAUACCAAUUGCCAGCGUGACCAGCAGCAACUGGGGCCAGAUCUACCCAUUGUACUCAUACAACAAUGGCACCAAUGGACACAUCAUAACCAACCUGCCACCCAACGGAUCAGUCCUCACCAUAAGCAAUGGCAACUGUUCAUGGCCAAUUACUGUUACCCUCGACAAGGUCGACCCUGUGCCAAGUUUCCCACUGACCAUGAUCGUUACUCCACCAGAGGGCGUGCCAUCAGGUGUGAUUGGAGUGACCAACCCUCAAAAGAAGAUGGUAGCGGCCAUCUACCCAUCCCCAGGUGUUGCCAACUUUGAUAACACACAGGCGAUCAACUGGGCCGGCCUGACGCAGUCCCCAAUGUACCUGUCAGUAGUGUACAACACAUUCUGUCAAUGGACUGGCACGUACAACAUCACGCCACUGGCAUCGACUAAGCCCGUCUACACAAUGACCGCAGCCAAAUGUGGCAGUUUGACCACCAAUGUCACAUUCGAUGCCAAGACAAUGCAGGACUUCUACAUCACAAUCGAUGGAGCAUCUCCUGAUACCAAUGGAGUGAUCACCACCACUCCAGGAGGCUAUCACACCUACACCUACUUGUCCUACGUCACUGGCGCCACCUUCUCUGGCUCAAUCGACAUCCCAUACCAGUCUGGCGGUUCACUCCCACUCCCAGUGAUAGUUACUCUCAACGACACUUGUGGUACCGCCAAGGGAACAAUCAAGCUAACAGGUGUCAACCCGGCUUACACCUACACAUUGGCAACGUCUGGAGGUCAGAGCAUCGCCAUGACAGGAUCAUACACUUGGUCAGGUCUCGUCGGCACCCAAGACUACGCGUUGUCCAUCGUCGACACCAACAACCCAUCAUGCACAGGUGGCCAGACUGUGACGAUCAUCAGCAAUGACCCCAACUUCUCACCCAGUAGCGUUGGCGAUGUCUGUUCCGCACUCGAUGUAGGAAUGGGCAAGAUCAAUGCCACAGUCACCAACUUUAAUGGCGUCACCUACACCAUCGACAACAAAGCAUUCAAUGGUGUUGCCACUGUCGGUGCUGGAAUAUACAAGAUUGGCUUGUCCAUCGCUGAUCCCAUCUGUCCAAAGAACUUCUCCUACUCUGUGGUUAUUGAGAACCUGUCCAUUGUAUCAACGCUGGCAAUGACUGCCAACUGUGGCGAGUUGUCCUUCUCGGCUACAGGUGGUAACAGCAAUGUCUACAACUUGGUGUUGAGAUCAAAUGUCACUCAAGCUGUCGUCAGAACUUCCAAUGGAGUCAAGAGCACUGUAUUCAAGGAUGUGUCGAAUGGCUUCUACGAAGUGGUCAUCACUGACACCACCGGAUGUAAAUCAAUCAGUACAUCAAUUGCUAUGACCAAUGAAUGCGCGGCCACUAUAUCAACUACCACACAAUCACCGACAACAACAACAUCAUCUGGUGUCACUACCACUUCCACUGGACAAUCAACUACAUCAUCUGAUGCCACUACAACAUCAUCUGUCUCUGACACUACUACCACAGCGGCAUCAACUACAUCACCAACUGCCACAGCACAGUCAACUUCAACACAAUCAACGACAUCAACAGGACUUACAGGUGAUGGAAUGAACUCAGGAAUCAAGUUGUCAAUGUCCAUUGUCAAUAGCAGUAUCCUUGCACUAUUCAUUAUAAUGAUGAUCAUGUCAAUCUAA